AUGGAUACAAGCAAUGAUUAUUUAUUUGCUCUACAAUUGCAAAACGAGUUGGCCAAUUUUGAGGAAAAUGAGGAUCUACUAAAUAUAAUAGGUGUGACAAAAUCUAACACCAGGUUGGCUGCAGGCUCUAGUAGUGGAAGUGUAAUUGAUUUGACUGAUAUCAAUACCAAUGUUAAAAAACAGAAGCGUAAUGCUAUCGAUGAUUUAUCUCGACCAAUUAAACGGCCAUGUCCUAAAAAUGUAGAGGCUACCGAAAGUGUAGUAGACCAUUCUUGGGAAAUGUUGGAUCCAAAUCCAGACAUACACGGUCUAUUUUUGGCAUUUAAUCGACAGUAUUUUUGGAGUAAAUUGGACUCAGUCAUGAUACAGUGGAGCAAAAGGAUGACAGUCUGUGCUGGUUUAUGCAGAUAUGAAAAUGGGUUUUGUUCCAUUAGCCUUAGUGAACCACUGUUGAAACUCAGGCCUCGGAAAGAUUUAGUUGAAACAUUACUACACGAAAUGAUUCAUGCAUAUUUGUUUCUUACAAAUAAUAAAGAUCACAAAAAUAGAGAUGGACAUGGACCAGAGUUUUGUAAACACAUGUACAGAAUAAAUGCAGCAGCUGGUACUAAAAUAUCAAUUUAUCACGAUUUUCAUGAAGAAGUAAAUGUGUACAAAAUACAUUGGUGGAAGUGUAAUGGACCAUGUCAAUAUAAGAAGCCAUUUUAUGGAAAUGUAAGAAGGUGUAUGAAUCGUGCACCGGGGCCAUAUGAUAGGUGGUGGACUCAUCAUCAAGCUACUUGCAGUGGAAUUUUUAUUAAAAUCAAAGAACCCGAAGGGUUUGGAUUGAAAAAAAAACCAACUGUUUCAAAACAAGUGGAUGUUAAACCUGUUAAUAAAAUUACAAAUUUCAUUACAAUAUUGGAUUCUCCAAUGAACAAAGUUCAUCAUGAUGGUUCUGAAAUAUGUUCUAAAUCAAAAGAAAAUGAUCAAAAGUCUCAAUUUGAUAACAAAUCAAACUCACCCACAAAGAAAGUUUCUGAUGCAAAUGCUAAAAUGUCUUCUGAACCUAAUGAAUGUGAUAAACAAAAUGUUCAACAGGGUGUAUAUUUAUUGAAUGAUUUGUAUGAGGAAAAUGAUUUUGAAUACAAUGAUAUCAGUGAUUUGUAUGAUGGAAUUUCUCAAUGUCCCAUUUGCAAUAAACCUGUGUUAACAGACUGGUUGAAUGAUCAUUUACAAAAUUGUAAACAGUUGAAAGAGAUGUUUGGCGAUGAAAUUAAUGAUAAAUGUAAAUGCCCAGCUUGCAAUGAUACAGUUGAUAGAUCCUUAAUGAAUGAGCAUUUAAAUAGUUGUAAAAUGUUGAUCAAUGUGUUUGAAAAUGACUCUGAGGAUAUUCCUGAUGAUACUAAUUAUGUAAACUGUCCAUGUUGUGAUAAAAUGGUCAAGGACAGCAAUAUUAAUACACAUUUAGAUAUUUGUAUGUCAACAGAAUCUCUAACGCCAAACGAUGAUAAAAAUAAUUUAAAAUGUCCAUGCUGUGAAAAUAUAUUUAAAACUGUUAUAGAAUUGGAUGAUCAUGUAGAUAACUGUCCGUCAGUAUGUUAA